AGUCUCCCCCCCGUCGCUUUGUGUCAACUUUGUUUUGAUUAUUCAAUGUCUCAGAGGACAACGGACAAGAGUGAAGCCGAAUAAAGAGAUUAGAGGAGAAUCUUUCCCCAUCGUUUUUAAUUUUACGCGAUUUCUUUUCUGUUGAAAAAUUAAAAUAUCAUGGAGCCGAUCAAUCCCUCCAAAUUAUCGAUUAAUGAGAAUGAAAAAUUAUCACUGGACUUGAAAAUUAGUGAUAAACCGUCGUGUUCCAGAAUGAAAACAGAAGGUUUGGAUGAGAAUUCCAAUUUCACUGAAACUAUGGAGCACUGUUCAAGCCCGGGAAGCACCUCCAGUGAAUUAUCGACCCUCCUCCCCCGAAUAAAAAGCCUAAGAAUCGAGUCAUCGGCCCCCACCCUGUACCAUGCAUUUGGAAAAGUGGAGAAUGUCAUAGCAACAAUGGGCCUGGCGCUCAUCGAGUCGACGAGCUCCACCGUCCUCUUGGACAUCGACACUCCAGUCUUCAUUAUUCUCCCCUCUACACCUCUUGACGAGGAGAACCCCGAGUACGAGCUCCUCGGGGAGAUCGAUGACAUCUUCGGAUCGAUAGGAAGGCCCAUGUACUCCGUUCGUUUGACGCACGAGAUUCUGGGGAGAUCGAGCUUGAUGAUCGACAGCUUUGUUUAUCUACUGUCCAGUCAUCCCAAUACGAAUGUUCUGCGCGUUGAGAGUGUGGGAGACAAAAAGUACAGCGUAGUUGCUGGAAAACGUGGGGCUUACGAUGAAUAAUCUGGGAUUUUUCGAAUAGAUUCGCAAAGGGGAGAAAUUAUUUCCUUUUUUUAAGGAAAUUUAAUUUCUAUUUUAAUUUUUAAUUAUUUCAUUUUUUAUAAUUCAGUGGUGGAGUGGUAAAACGGUUAGUCAAUUCCAUUCUAACGCCAGUUCUCGAUGAAUAUCUCAAACUCUGAAGGAGUUGCCAAGAUUUUCCUGCAAAUCUUUUUUUCCAUUCAUAACGAACAUUUAAUGUCCGAAUGAAUGGGAGAAAUAAAACAGAAAUGUAACAAUACCAGAAUUUUGAGAAAAAAAAUUGUUAAUAAACUGUUUGUCUGCAUUCAUGAACAA